AUGGGGGACAAGGAUAAUGGUCUGCAUGCUGGUGAGACCGAUGGAGAUGACGAAGGAUUUGAGUUUCGCAGACACAGUAACCUGGGUGUACCAACACUGGGCGAGCGAUUAGACAGUUUACAUGAGAUAAAGAGCGCCAGAAGGAUGGAUCACUUCAACUCGUCACGGAACUCGUUACGAGGUGGCACUGCUAGUAGUAGUCAACAGGUUCCAGAAGUUGACAAUAGAGCACAUAUAAAUGGCAUCAAUACCUCUUUGCAGGUUGAAGGCAAUAGCUCAGUGAAGUAUCUGGUGCCUUUGGAAUAUGUGACCGAUAGUGGUAGUAUACCGCGAGACAAACUUAUAAAAGUGAUAGAUAACGAGGCGGCUUUAAAAUCAUCUUUGAACGAGAGAGCAAGAAAUAAGCGGUUAUCUUUAUCACAACGAGGCAGAAGAUUAUCAAUGCUUUCCACUGGUGUAGAUAGGCACGUUAUUGUUUCACCACAUAAAGAAGUGCCCGAGCAAGAGUUUUAUAAGCACGUAGGUGAUUUGUCCUUUGGAAAAAGUUUACAACUAAGGCAGUUAUUUAACUGGUGUUGUGAUAGGACAUAUACAAGGAUACAAGAGGCUGAUCGCAAGAAGACACAGAGUCAAACUCUUGAGGAGAAUGGUUCAUACGGCGAUCCCAAAAAAAUAACCAUGAAUAUUAUAAAGAGUUUUGUCCACGAUUUAAAGAAAGGAACUUUAGACAUUGAUUGGGAAGCUGAGGAGGAAGAAGAAGAAGACGAUUACAGCGGCAAUGGAAAUGAUACUGAACUGAAUGCCCUUUUCGAUGACCAUAAUGAUGGUAAUACACGCCAUACUUCUGCCAGACAAAAUUUGACACUAUAUGAUGACGAAUUUGAUAUUACACUAGGUAUCCAACCUACUAGACCAGAGUUAGAAUAUCGGAACAACAAGAAGAAUAACAGACAAAGUACAAGGAAAAGAAAAAUCCAAACGCCACAUAAAAAGCUACCAAAUACCAAAAAUGUGGAAAACGAGAAAAAUCUAAUUAUGCUGAAGCAGAAAAUUGAUAUAUUAGAGAAUGAUAUAAAUGAAUGGGCUAAUACCUUAGAUUCACAUGAUCCACAGAAAGAAUGGCAACUUAUAAAAGAUGUCAAACCGGAUAACACAACCCCGGAGCAAACAAUUACAAAUGCUAACCCAGUAAAGGAACUUGAGGAUAGAUUAAAGGCUAUGAGUAUGAAUGCUCAUUUACUCGACUCAACAUCAAAGACACUGUUGGAAUUAAGCAGGAUAAAAUUGGAUAAGCUGCGCCGGGCAUAUUAUGACACUGCCAAGAAUGAAAAGAAACAAAUUGAAAGUACCCGAUUGCUCAGAGGGUUGGCUUCAUCUCUUAAUUAA